CAGCAACUGCAGUUGCCCACUGCAAGAGAGGAAAUGGCCUCAUAAAAGUGAAUGGAAGACCUCUGGAAAUGAUUGAGCCCAGAACCCUGCAGUAUAAACUGCUUGAACCUGUCCUCCUCCUGGGGAAGGAACGGUUUGCUGGUGUUGACAUCAGAGUCCGUGUAAAGGGUGGUGGCCACGUAGCACAAAUCUAUGCUAUCCGUCAAGCUAUUUCCAAAGCAUUGGUGGCUUACUAUCAAAAAUAUGUUGAUGAAGCUUCCAAGAAAGAGAUCAAGGAUAUUCUCAUCCAGUACGAUAGGACUCUGCUGGUUGCAGAUCCUCGCCGUUGUGAAUCCAAGAAAUUUGGAGGACCUGGUGCUCGUGCGCGCUACCAGAAGUCUUACCGUUAAAAUUGUUCUCCAGUCAUGUGAUGAUCAUUGAACAUAAAGAGAAUUUGAUAAAUUUU